AAACCCGUGAGCUAUAAAGAAGUUACGGGGGGGCGUUUUCGGCUUCCAAUUAGGAAUAACACUGGCUUCGUAGCAACUACCGAGGAGGAGGAUUCUAAAACCACCUCACCCGUGCCAAAGCCUGCAUCCCCCUCGUUCUCCCACGCACCCCUUCCCCAAUUCAUGACCAAGAAAAGAAAAGGGAGCCAGGGCGCGCUCUGCUCCUCUCUGCGGGUGGGAAGCCGAGAGGCCGGCGGAGUUGGAUGGUAGGCAUGAGUACAAUUAAGCCGUGCGCGCCUCUGCACCCCUUGCCGCCAGCGGGGACUGAAGUGGCCUGAAAGAGUUGUCCGGCAUUCCUGUUCUUCCCAAAGGGGCUCGGAGCCUCCUCAAACGCCGCGGGACUGAAGAGCAAACGUCGGGGAUUAUUAUGUCGAUUUUCUGGGGACCGGGGUUUGCCUCGCCAAACAGAAGAAAAGGCUGGCUUCUCAGGGGUCCCGCCGGCAUUUGAUACUCAGAGACUCCUAGGAUUGUCCAGAUUGCCGUGGAUCAGCAACUUUCCUACAUUCGAGUCCCCUAUUUUUAAAGAAAAUCAUUUUCUGUUUGCUGCGUUGGUCUUUCACUGACAUCAAUACACUGAAGCAAAGACUUUGGUCUUUUCAUUCAAAGUAUGCUUUAUAUUUUUGCCAAAUAUGAUCUCUAAUUGAAAGUUUAUUGUUGCUUUUGGAUGAAUCUGUGGAGUUUAUGUUGUAAGAAGAAAGGGAGAACAAGACACAAUGAAAGAGAAGUCCAAAAAUGCUGCCCGGACUAGGAGGGAGAAGGAAAACAGUGAAUUUUAUGAACUGGCUAAAUUACUGCCUUUGCCCUCGGCUAUCACCUCGCAGCUGGACAAAGCAUCCAUAAUCAGACUCACCACCAGCUAUCUCAAAAUGAGAGUAGUGUUCCCAGAAGGGCUCGGCGAGGCGUGGGGCCACUCGAGUCGCACCAGCCCCUUGGACAACGUGGGCAGAGAACUGGGCUCCCAUCUGCUCCAGACCCUGGACGGCUUCAUCUUUGUGGUGGCCCCAGAUGGGAAGAUCAUGUACAUCUCGGAGACAGCCUCAGUCCACCUGGGUCUUUCUCAGGUAGAGCUGACUGGGAACAGCAUUUAUGAAUACAUCCACCCGGCGGACCACGAUGAGAUGACCGCUGUGCUCACGGCCCAUCAGCCCUACCACUCUCACUUCGUCCAGGAGUAUGAAAUCGAGCGCUCCUUCUUUCUGAGGAUGAAGUGCGUCUUGGCCAAGAGGAACGCGGGCCUCACCUGCGGAGGGUACAAGGUCAUUCACUGCAGCGGCUACCUGAAGAUCCGCCAGUACAGCCUGGACAUGUCCCCCUUCGAUGGCUGCUACCAGAACGUGGGCCUGGUAGCCGUGGGCCACUCGCUGCCUCCCAGCGCCGUCACGGAGAUCAAGCUGCACAGCAACAUGUUCAUGUUCCGCGCCAGCCUGGACAUGAAGCUCAUAUUCCUGGACUCCAGAGUAGCGGAGCUGACGGGGUACGAACCUCAGGACCUAAUUGAGAAGACCCUGUACCACCACGUGCACGGCUGCGACACCUUCCACCUGCGCUGCGCCCACCACCUGCUGCUCGUGAAGGGGCAGGUGACCACCAAGUACUACAGGUUCCUGGCGAAGCACGGCGGCUGGGUAUGGGUGCAGAGCUAUGCGACCAUCGUCCACAACAGCCGCUCGUCCAGGCCACACUGUAUCGUCAGCGUCAACUAUGUCCUCACGGACACGGAAUACAAAGGGUUGCAGCUCUCCCUGGAUCAAAUCUCAGCCUCUAAACCAGCCUUCUCCUACACCAGCAGCUCCACUCCUACCAUGACUGACAACAGGAAGGGGGCCAAGUCCAGGCUCUCCAGCUCAAAGUCAAAAUCCAGAACUUCCCCCUAUCCCCAGUAUUCGGGAUUUCACACGGAAAGAUCUGAAUCUGAUCACGACAGCCAGUGGGGUGGAAGUCCCCUGACCGACACAGCCUCUCCGCAGCUCCUGGACCCCGCGGAGAGACCCGGCUCUCAGCAUGAUGCCUCGUGCGCCUAUAGACAGUUCUCUGACCGCAGCUCCCUGUGCUACGGCUUUGCGCUGGACCAUUCCAGGCUGGUGGAGGAGAGGCACUUCCACACCCAGGCCUGCGAGGGCGGCCGGUGUGAGGCAGGCAGGUACUUCCUGGGAACGCCGCAGGCCGGGAGGGAGCCCUGGUGGGGCUCUCGUGCAGCCUUGCCCCUGACCAAGUCUUCCCCAGAAAGCAGAGAAGCCUAUGAAAACAGCAUGCCUCACAUCGCUUCCGUCCACAGGAUCCACGGGCGAGGUCAUUGGGAUGAAGAUAGUGUGGUCAGUUCUCCAGACCCUGGGUCUGCCAGCGAAUCAGGUGACCGAUAUCGCACUGAGCAGUAUCAAAGUAGCCCACACGAGCCUAGCAAAAUUGAAACUCUGAUAAGAGCCACCCAGCAAAUGAUUAAAGAAGAAGAGAACAGAUUGCAGCUAAGGAAAGCCCCCCCAGACCAACUGGCUUCCAUUAAUGGAGCUGGGAAAAAACACUCCCUCUGUUUUGCAAACUACCAACAGCCCCCGCCAACAGGGGAAGUCUGCCACAGCUCUGCUCUUGCCAACACUUCACCAUGUGACCACAUCCAGCAGAGAGAGGGAAAGAUGCUGAGCCCCCAUGAAAAUGACUAUGACAACAGUCCCACUGCACUGUCUCGAAUAAGUAGUCCCAAUUCGGAUCGCAUUUCAAAAUCCAGUUUGAUCCUAGCUAAAGACUAUCUACAUUCGGAUAUGUCUCCACAUCAGACAGCGGGAGACCAUCCUGCAGUCUCUCCAAACUGCUUUGGUUCUCACCGGCAGUAUUUUGAUAAGCAUGCUUACACAUUAACUGGAUAUGCCCUGGAGCACUUAUAUGACAGUGAAACCAUUAGAAACUAUUCCUUGGGCUGUAAUGGCUCACACUUUGAUGUAACUUCCCAUCUAAGGAUGCAGCCAGACCCGGCACAAGGACACAAGGGAACAUCUGUUAUAAUAACCAAUGGAAGCUGAUGUUUUUCUAAAAUAUUUUGUUCUUUAAGGAUCUCUGAAACAUAUUUAUAGUUUAAUGCCCCAUUACCAGCAUUUACUAUGCCACAGAUGGUUAGAGAGGAUAAUUUAAGUUACUGGAUAUUUGACAUGUGUUCCUGCAAAAUCAAAGAGCACUAGCAUUCAGGGUUACACACAGAUAAUGGAGUUAAAGUGAAUAUAUAAAUUGCCCAUCUAAUUAUAUGGGAACCAGAAUAGAUAAAUUUUGAAUUGAAAAGUACUCUUGUAGAUUAAGUGAGCAUAUAUACCACAUGAAAGGACUGGUAGAAGAGUAUUGCAUUGUGAUGUAAACCUCAUACACACAGACCACUAUCCACAAACUGCUAUGUACACUUUACAUGCAGAAAUGUCGACUAUAUACCUUAAAUACAACCCACGAACGGGUAAGUUUUCUUAACCUAGCACAUUAAGCUUAUUACAGAAAUUUCCAUUCCUAAAAUAACUAAGAAAGAGAGAGAUACAUCUCGUAAACUGGUUUCUUCUAAACAGUCAGCUCAUUUGGUUCAGGCAUAAAUUAGGGAAAUGGUUCUGGGUAUGGUACAAGAAUGAGUUUCCACCUGGUAUCCAUUUUAAGCAAUCAGGAAGUGGUGAUUUUUCACCUUACUUUUGAGUUAGACAAGGAACAGGAUCACACUGACAUAGCAGUAAGUGUUUUCUAAGUAAAAGCACCGAGAUGUUGGGACACACAUCAAAAAUCUGGCAUGCCCAAUUGGAAAUAGUUUAGUAAAGAUGGAAAGGCCAGAGACAGAGAGAAAUGAAAUGAUAUCUCAACACAAACAAUUUAAGCCUCCGAAUAUGUAAUCAACAUAUUUAGGGCUAUAAAACCAACCAAAUAAAAAAACUCAAACCGAUUCACCAAGAAAAAAGGCUGCUAAGUGCAAGAAAGAGCUAAGGAAAGCCAAUGGAGGGCUACAUGGCAGCAGUGUAAGUGAGAACAACAUGUGGAAAGCCUCAGGAGAGAGCCUAAGAUAAAAGCUCAGGCUGAUGGGCAAGUGGUUAAAAGGAUCAGAGUUACUUCAACUGAAGGAACACGCAAAGCGCUCGUUUUCCUUAUUGUCUGGGAAUGAUAAAAACAACAAACUUGGUCUUAAGUUCAGGUGAUAACGGUAGAAAAACCAGCAGACUAGAAAGCAAGAUCUCUGGGUUCCAGCCCUGACUCCGCCUGUAACUUAGUUUGGGAAUAUCGAUGUAUCACUCACCGUGCCUGGGCCCUAGUGUCUUUGUCUGUAUGGCCGUUCUGACGUGCCAUGGUUCUGUGGAUCAUCGGUGCAACAGAACUACACUUAUUAACCAGUUAACUCUCUGCUGUCAGUUGUCAAGACAGAUCAUUCUGGCUCGUCUGCACUCCUACAGAGGUCCAGGUCCUUUGUAACUUCAGCAGGUGCGUGGACUCUUUUAGGCUUGUGUAGUUACAGUCAACUUUCU